AUGGGAGACGAGUCUUACCCAGAAUGCCGAGCCCAGGAGCUGUUCGAUGAGUUUGUGUCGGCGUCGACCUGCAGGGCGGCGCUGCGGUCCUUUGGCCAGCUGUGUGAACAUCUGCAGCUGGACCAGAGCGCUGCCGAAAGGCCGCUCUAUCGACCAAUCAAACACCGCCUCAACUACUGGAGGGCCAACGCUCUGUGGGCCAAACUGGAUCGUAGGGCUGCUCAGCAGGAGUACCUGAAGGCCCGGGCCUGCAGCAGCACCACGUGUGUGAUCAUUGGGGCUGGGCCCUGCGGUCUGAGAACAGCGGUGGAGCUGAGCUUCAUGGGAGCUCGGGUGGUGCUGCUGGAGAAGAGAGACUCUUUCUCCAGGAACAACGUGCUCCACCUGUGGCCCUUCACCAUCCACGACCUGCGGGGCCUCGGCGCCAAAAAGUUCUACGGAAAGUUCUGCGCCGGCUCCAUCGACCACAUUAGUAUCCGUCAGUUGCAGCUGGUCCUGCUAAAGGUCGCCUUACUGCUGGGGGUCGAAGUCCAUGUCAACGUGGAGUUUAAGAACCUGGUGGAGCCUCCAGAAGACCAGAGACACAAGGUGGGCUGGAGGAUGGAGGUGAGUCCAAAGUCUCAUCCUGUCAAUCAGCUGGAGUUUGAUGUGAUAAUUGGAGCAGACGGACGCAGGAACACACUGCCAGGUUUCAGGCGUAAAGAGUUCAGAGGGAAGCUGGCCAUCGCCAUCACGGCAAACUUUAAGAAUAGAAACACCACAGCUGAGGCCAAAGUGGAGGAGAUCAGCGGUGUGGCGUUCAUCUUCAACCAGAGGUUCUUCCAGGAACUACGACAGGAGACGGGGAUCGACCUGGAGAACAUCGUCUACUAUAAAGACGACACACACUACUUUGUGAUGACGGCAAAGAAACAGAGUCUGUUGGAGAAAGGAGUCAUCCUGCAGGACUUCGCAGACACCGAGCAGCUCCUCUCUCGGGGGAACGUGGACCAGAAUGCAUUGCAGGCGUAUGCCCAUGAGGCCGCCAACUUCUCGACCAAUCACCAGCUGCCAUCUUUGGAUUUUGCUAUGAACCACUACGGUCAACCAGACGUCGCCAUGUUCGACUUCACCUGCAUGUACGCGUCCGAGAAUGCCGCCAUUGUCCGCCAACGCCACGGACACCAGCUGCUCAUCACGCUGGUGGGAGACAGUCUGCUGGAGCCCUUCUGGCCGAUGGGAACCGGUGUAGCUCGUGGGUUUCUGGCUGGUCUGGAUUCAGCCUGGAUGAUCAGGAGCUGGUCUCAGGGAGCAGCUCCUCUGGACGUGCUGGCUGAGAGAGAGAGUUUGUAUCGUCUCCUCCCACAGACGACUCCGGAGAACAUGCAGAAGAACAUCAGCCUGUUCUCUGUAGAUCCAACGACACGAUAUGUCAACGUCAACCAUCUGACCAUCACACCUGCUCAGGUGAGACACCUGGUGGACACAGGAGAGAAGGCGGGGCUAAAUACAAACUGUGGUGACAUCAUCCGCCUGCCCUCACCCAGAUUCCUCAGAGAGGAGUCCUUCUCUCAGUCCAAUCAGCUGCUGACUUGGUGUCAGGAACAGACUCGUGGUUACCGUGGCGUUGCCGUUGAUGACCUGACUACUUCCUGGAAGAGUGGCCUUGCUCUGUGUGCUCUGAUCCACAGAUACAGACCUGACCUCAUACACUUUGACUCUCUGGAUCAGUCGUCUGUGGAAGAAAACACUCGUCUGGGCUUCGACAUGGCUGAGCGGGAGUUUGGGAUUUCUCCUCUGAUGACGGUGGAGGAGAUGUGGUCUGUAGGAGAACCAGACUCUCUGUCUAUGGUCAUGUACCUGAGUCAGUUCUACCAGCUGCUCAAAGACUCUCCACCCCCUGCUGGCUCGUUGUGUCACAGCUCUGACCUGAGAUCAGCUCUCAUCACUCCGGCCUCCCUCCUCAGCAGACUGGGACACAGUCCGUCCAGGAGAAAGAAACCAAACGUAGCUACAGAGCAGAUCGAUGCUGCAGGUAAAAGGAGGAAGACCAGUCGGCCUGGUCAAGAGCAGCAGGAGUCAUGUGACCUGAAUGGUGACGUCGAGAGCCAGAUGUGUGACGAGGUGUUUGUAGGCGGGUCCAGUGGAUCCAGAGUUCGUCUGAUGGCCAAUCAGCUGCAGGCGAAGCUGGACGAGAGCUCGUCUACCUGCAGGAGUUCUUCUUCUUCUUCUGCUGUUGCGGCUUUACGUCGACAGGGGGAGGUGUUGUCCAGCCCUGCAACCCCCUCAGAGUCUGCAGACGCUGCUGCCCAGCCACCAUCAUGGAAACCGAAGAAACGAACUCUUCAACAGGAACAGAUGAGUUUUCGGUUCAAAGAGAAGCUCAAGUCUCAGAGUGUUGACACCAAGGAUGAGCAGUGUAUUCAGAUGUACACUGUUGGAGUGAGCUCAUUGGCUGAGCAGAUAGCCAAUCGAAGUCAGACACAGGAGGAAGUGAGUUCGUUUGCAGUGAGCUGCAGUGACGUGUGUUUCCUGUGUAAGAAGAGAGUUUAUGUGAUGGAGCGUGUCAGUGCAGAGGGAUUGUUCUUCCAUCGCAGCUGUUUCCAGUGUGAUUACUGCAGCAGCACACUCAGACUCGCUGCAUAUGCCUACGACCAACACAGCGGGAGGUUUUACUGCCUUCAGCACUUCGACUGUCGUCUGAACGCCGCAACCGUGAGGAAGAGACCGGCGCCGUCUGACAGAGCUGCUUCACACCGAACGUCUAUAGUGUCUCUGGCUUCAGCUCCCUCCCUCUCCUCCACUGACUCUCUGAUCUCAGCUGACCACCGCCGCCCGUCAGCGGUUUCUGUGAUGGCGGCGAUGCCUGAGAGGGUGGAGCUGGAAAACUACCGACGGAGCUCCACCAAGGCGGAGGAGGAGCUUGAGGAGGAACCCAAGGAGGUCUCUGAGGAGACCCUGAACUGGUUCAACCUGGGCGUGGAGCAGAAACACAACCGCAGGUCCAGUUCAGAGUCUGAGAUGGAGGAGGAGGAGGAGAACAGAGGAGGAGGUCGACAUCGAGUGACUUCAGAGGAGGCCAGAACUUCAUGGAAGGAAACUCUGCAGCUCCACCUGAGAAACACCCAGGAAGAGGAGGGGGAAGAAGAAGAGGAGGAGGAGGAGGAGGAGGGGGAAGUAGAGGAGGAUGAGGAGGCGGGAGGCAGUGAGGUGGAGACCAGUGACGAGGGGGAGUACAGCCCCUGGGAGAUGGAGCGUCGGUCAGGCCUGUGGCUCCUGAUAGAGGAGGAGACAGAGGAGGACCUCACUCCUGGCGUCUCUCAGAAUCCCUCCCCAGCUGAAGGAAGUGACAUCACACGCUCUGUCACACCUGUGGAGCCGGACUCCACCUCCAGCCUGUCAUCAUGUAUCACUUCCUCCACACCUUCAUCUGUGACUCCGCCCCCCUGCACCACACCCUCCACUGCCUCCUUCAUCACCACACCUGACUCCACCCACUAUGAGGGCAGAGACACAGCUCCGCCCACACACCUCACACCUGCUGUCGUCACGGAAACAGUUGCUCAGAGACAUGUCCCCCGACAACCUGUUGCUGGAGGGCGGGGCUCGUUCGAUGACAUCAGUCCUGAGCUGCCCCCGAAGAAGCCCCUACUGUUGCAGGAGAGAGGGGCUGGCACAGAUGAGGAAGUGGCGGAGUCAGAGUGGAUGAGGAGGAGGAAGAGACAUAAAGGAGCUCACAGCCUCCCCCCUCGCCUCCUCCUUCCCCCUCUGCAGGGCGGGGGCGGGGCUCUUCUCCUCCAGCUAAAGGGUCUCAGGGAGACUCUGCCUCCCGGACAGGUGGAGGUGGAAGGAGGCGGGGCCAGAGCUCUGUGGAGGGCGAUGUUCUCUGGAAACAAGAGGGAGAAGAAGAGAGGCAGGACUUUACCUCCAGAGAGAGAAACAGCCAAUCAGAAGAGAGCUAAAGAUGUGAGAGGAGGUCUGAGUCUGACAGAAGAGUCUGAACUGGACUCGUCCACUCUGCUGCAGAGAUGUUCACUGACACCCAGAAACAAUAGACGCUCUGUGAAGGACAGAGUUCCCCUCCAGGACUCUGAUGGACAGUCCUCUUGUCCCACAGAGGUUGUGGGGGUCCUGGUCCAGCCCAAAGAGCCAUCCAGUCUGAGUGUGAAGGAGACCAUGUUCCAAAGAGGACGACAGGACGAGGACGAAGACCUGGAUACGAAAAUCACCCGACGAGUUCAGAGAGUUGCUCGAAGACAGGCCAAACAGGAACAGCUAAAGAGACUCCACAAGGCUCAGAUGAUCCAGAGACAGCUGCAGCAGGUGGAGGAGAAACAGAGGCAGCUGGAGGAGAGAGGAGUGAUGGUGGAGAAAGCUCUCAGAGGAGAAGCUGAUUACUGGGGCGAAUCUAACGACAGUCAAGACCUCGACCUUCACUUGGGAGGACUGGGUAGACUGGAUAAUCCGGCUCUGAUGCAGCAGUGGUUCCAGCUGGUUCAGCAGAAGAACUCUCUGGUUCGAUAUGAAUCUGAACUCAUGAUAUUCGCUCGAGAGCUGGAGUUGGAGGACAGACAGAGUCGACUGCAGCAGGAGCUCAGAGAGAGGAUGGCAGUGGAGGACCACCUGAAGGAGGACUGGCAGUUGGUGGAGGAGCGUUUGAUCCUGGAGGAGAUGUUGGAGGUGGUGGAGCAAAGAGACUCUCUGGUGUCUCUGCUGGAGGAACAGAGACUGCAGGAACGGCAGGAAGACCAGGACCUGGAGGAAGUCAUGAUGACGCGGGGACUGGGACUCAGCUGGAGCUGAAACUGGUCUGAACUGGUCUGAACUAAUCUGCAGGUACUCUGCUGGACUUGAGCCAGUCUGGACACCAACACUAUGCUAACCGCUGUUCUUUGACUUUUUGAGAAAUUUGGUCCAAAACUGAAGUGGACUCAUAGAGACCAAACCCAGAACAGACAAGUAUGAAACCAUUUUCAAAAGCGUCAGAACAGAAACAGACCUGAAGACAGCCAGAGACGUGUUUGUCCCAUCAGCUCCUGUGAGAUUCUGAUUCCAGAUUACAGUUGAACUGAACUCUACGGUACCACAUAGAUAAUGUCCUCAGUGUCCCAGAGCAGAGAUAACAGUUUCAGACACGUCUCAACUGGUUCUAGAGGACAGACCACUUCAGAGACCACGUUGACCCUCAGUCCAUCAUAUUCCAAUCAAAUCCCCCACUUAGAGUCCAGGUAGACCACUAAGUGUCCAGAUUUAAUUCCAUUCAGA